AGAAAAAAAACAAGAGUAAAGAUAAUAACAAAAAGUAUCCCAAAUACUAAAUUGAAAUGAAACCGCCAAUGCAGAGCUCUCAUUUACUCUGUAUAGACAGACUGUUGGGUUGCGCUCGCUUUUGGUUUUGAUGCAAUAUGUCAACACUGGAAUAAUAAUAACAAGAGCAACGAAAACGUUAGCGAUAAAUGCUUAAAAUGAGCAAAGAAGAGCAUUUAAAUCGUGUUUACAAAAACAAAAAAAACAAAGUCAGUUAUGCUGACAAUGGCGGUGGAAAAACCGCUCGCAACAACAACAAUCAAGAACUGUAUAAUAAUAACAAUUCGGUUUAUGCGAGCAAGCAAAGGGAUAGCAACAACAAGAUUGAUGAUAAUCAUUUUACGGUCGAGCGCUCAAAAAACAAGAGCGCAACACUUAAUAGCGGAUAUCGUUCGCUAGCAACGGAACCGUCGAACGAAACGCUUGACAGCAAAUGUCUAGCAGAGACGUCGUGUCGUGAGUAUGAAAAUGUUAAUUUCACAGAUCUUCAUUUGCUCGAUAAGAAAUUGUUAUUGCAAAAAUAUUUUCGAAGCGCCCUAGUCGGACCGCGUUCCAAUGUUUACGAGAAUCUUUGUAGAGGUUGCAAUUAUGGCGUUUUUACCGCCCGCGGUCCCUUGUGCACGUUUUGUGAAUGCAUUGUUAGCGGUGUGCCAGCGGUGAAUGAAUCGUCGUACAAUAGCUCAACAAAUAUUUACGAAAAUAUUUGUGAGCAGUGUAAUCAAAUUUAUAGCGCUAAUGAAGAUCAUUGCAAUUGUUUGACCGCACCAAAGUCUAUCAAUAAUUUUGGUAAUAAAUCGAAACAUAAAAGCGUAGAGCAUUUAGAAAGUUUGGCGAUUAAGCAAAAAGUGAAAGUAAAAAAAUCGAAAUCAUUUAAUAAAACUGAUAAUAAGCGAAAAAUUUUAAGUAACUUUUUGGAUAAUUGGAAACGCAAUAAAAGUUCGGAUAGCGUUUCGUCGAAGAUAUCGAGUAAGAAAUCUUUAGAAAUCGUUCAUAAUGUGGAAGGUUACGAUCAAGUCUUCCAUACUCAGGAGACAUUCGAUUUGCAACGUAUGUGCGAAUUGAAACGCAGUGAGACCAGUCAUAGCGAUCAACAUAUUUACGGGCGUUUAAAGCAAAGUGAUUUCAUUUCGAAAAAUUCACAUACUCUACCGCCUCAAUUAGCGCAAACGACACAAAACACGCACACACCGUUACAAAAAAGUUUAACUUCCUCUACAAAUUCCACGACAUCUAGUGGCGAGGGUUCAAAAAGUUCAAAUUCAAUAAAGUCAUCGGGCAAGCGUCCGCGUAUAUCUAAACCUCGAUUAUUACGUUUACGUAGCAGCAGCAGCAGCAGCCAGGCAGAAAUUCAGGAAAGCCAUAGCGAAGAAAAACAAUCGUUAUAUUUACCCGAUAGUGUUUGUCAGUGGAUGACAUCAUUGCGACGCGAAAUCUAUAAUUAUAGCACGCACGGUUUAAUAAAUAACGACGAUAGUAGUGACGUUUAUAGUUUAUGUUAUCCAAAGAGUAUUCCAGCGAAGAAUUCACUGAUUUAUAAUCAGGCGCCAAUGACUAAUUAUCCAAAUAUUAAAAAAAAAUUGCAUGAGUUCGAGUUUCAUAACGACGAGCAAUAUACUGAAGACGAUGAUAACAGCGAUAGCGAAUCAUUAGACAGCGCCAAAAAUGUUUUACUACGAAAUCAAAGAAACGACAUUAGCUCUCUAGAGUUUAUCCAGCGGUCAACACCUUCGAAUCAUCAUCAUUAUCAACGGAUGGUUCAGGAAUUUAAAUUGAAUUUAUUGAUAAACAAGGAAAUGCAUUCCUCUUGUAACGGCAGUUGCAAAAACGUUAACACAUUUGGCAAAAAUAUUAAUAAGGUCUCAUUAUCAUCAUCAUCAUCGUCCUCAUCCUCAACAGGUGUCGAUAGUUUGACGAUGCCCUUGAGCCGAGUAGUUGGCAGCUGUUUAAGAGAACCAGCAGCAAACAAUCGUAAUAAUAUAUACCUGAAAUUAAGUGAAGGUACACGUUUUUGUACGAAAGAUACGGAGAAGAGAGUAGAUAAUAAUGAAGAGCAUGGAAAUGCUUUAUUUAAAUAUCGAGGUAUGGCUUACGUCGACUCUGAAGACUAUACAGCAGUUAGUCAUCCGUUGCCUUUGCAAGUGGACGGUAGUGUGUGUUGUAAUGUCGCUCGCAAACGUCAUGGUAUACACGAACGUAACUCGGAAUUCGUUAACGAUAUAUUAACAGUAUUUGAAAAUCUUUUACAAAGAGAUAAACAAAUGCAAGAUCAUAAAAUUCUUGAUGAAAAUCAUUUAGAAAAUCAUUCAUCGUCUAAAGAAGCUCAUCUAAAUGAUACGUUGAACGUUGGUGUCGCGAGAAAUAACGAAACAAUAUUCGACCAUACUUUGCAAAUUUCAAAUACUUUGCAACCAUAUGUUGCUACUAAAGAGAAUAUUGUAAGCGGAACUAACACAACGCUAACCCAAAUAUUUGAUCUUGUCCAUCUUAUCAACAAUUUAUGGUUAUCGCUUAGUUUAAACAUAGUAACGAUUUAUUAUGAUCAAACAUUAAAAGUGUUUUUGCAAUGCAUCGCCCAAACAAAACAAAUUUGUAACGAACGCCGUUCGUAUAAUCAGUUGGUGAGAAAAUACCAACAAUUUCACAGCAAAUACAAAUUGAAACAAUUGAGAGCUAAGAGCUCAAUACCAGUUCAUAAGUGCCGCAGUUUGAAUGUAGAGCUUGACUUUAACGAAACAAACGGACAAUUUUGCGGCAACGCAAAUAGCAAUGAACCAAUAACGGCAAUUGAGGAAAUCAAUUGUAAUAAUAAACCAAAGAUACAACAUACGUUUAACGAUUUAAAUCAAGAAUCUAUAUGUAUGAAAAGUAUUCGAUUAAAUAGCAGUGCAAGUGUUUUGACAAGUGCUCCAGUAACAAGUGUUGACGUAAAUAAAAAAUUGAAAAUUCCCCCUCAAGUACCGAAAAGAGAUCCAAAGACGCAUUUAUGCUCCAAUUUUAAAAAUAAAUUUGAAGAUACAUCUCUUAUAGCAAUAACAAUAACAACAACAACAACAACAACAACAACAAUGACUGUGCCCACAAAUAAUUCGUCAUCGAAUACACGAAAUCGUACCGUAGAAGAUGACAGUAUCUAUCAGCCUAUAUGGAAAUUUAAGACAGUGGGCGAUGUGCCUGAUAUGGAUUAUUAUGAAAUGAAUGCAAGCGCGACAAAAGAUACGAAUAUAGUGAAGUUAUGUCAAAAUACCAAAGACGAUGAUUCAUCCUUAAUACCAGAAAUUUUAAUUUCAUGCAACGAUCACGAUCAUGUAGAAGAUCACAAUGAAUGGGAAACGGACGAUGAAUUUAUGUUCACAACGCAAUUAGAAGAACCAAAUUUCUCAUCUUCCGUACCCAAAGGUGCAAUUUAUUCGCAUCACAGUUCUAAUUCUAGCUCUAUCGGUGAUCGUUCUUUAUCGGGCAGUACAGUAACUGGAUUCGCCAGUAGCACGGCUACUUUAGCUUCCGCCCUUAGUUACAGUCUUAGUCAUCAUCUCUUUCGUAGCGUUGGUAUAUUUUAUAGUGUAACUGAACUUAAACUACGAGCCAUUGUCUACGAUUAUGAUCGUGUACAGGCAUCUCUGUAUUUCGCUAAAUCUGAGAUACCAUCUAACAAAUCGAUCUUAUACAAUACGAAUAACACUAACAAUGACGACAGUGGCAUUGGUAAAACGCCCAGUCCCAGCAUGUCUCAAAAAAAUUACACUUCUUCCCCCGUGCUCCUAUCAAGUGUAAGUCAAGUUUCGCAACGAGAAAUUCCCAGCAUUAAUAGUGAAAGUGCUUGCCAUGAUAUAAUACAACAACAAUCACAGCAACCGCAACGAUAUCUAAAACAACAACAAUUAAAAACAGAGACGCUUUACUCAUUACCUGACUGCGUACAGGCUUGGAAAUUUCAGCUUUUAGAUGUUAAUUAUGCGGAGGAUGAAGAAGACAUGAUUGUUUCAGAAUGUGAAAUUCUGCGAGCGCAAGAAAUUAAAGAAGACAUUGAAAGUCGACAAACACAUCAGCAGAACAUCUUACAACGCUUCAAAAGUAUAUCGAGCGGCAAUCUAAUAGAUAUUCCUGUUGAAGAUGAUAAGAAAACGAUUGCUGAACGCAUGCGCAAUAAAUUGCAACGUGGAGUAUUUAAAAUCAAUGUACGAUCGCCCAAAAGUGAAAAGAAAACUCGCGGUUUAUUUCGGCGAACAGAAACUGCGAGCCUUUAUUUGGAGGACGGUCUGAAACCGAAAUAUCCAAUAUUUGGAGCAGCGCUUGAUCAAUUAGAAUUGAAUCAGACUACGUAUCCGAACGUGCCGCGAUUUGUAGUCGAUUGCGUGGAAUACAUUGAGAAUAAAGAUCGUAUUGUGCAAGACGGUCUAUACAGAGCGUGUGGCAAUAAAUUUUCUAUAGAUGAGUUAAAGCAAAAAUUAACUGAAAGUUAUAUAUACGAUCCGAAAUUACUAAUAGCCGACGAUAUACACACUAUAACGAGUUUACUAAAGCAAUUCUUUCGUGAGCUGGGUGCUCCGUUGAUACCGCAAGAAAUAUACGAACGCUUAGGACGUAAUCUUAGUGAUGAGGAGGGAAUCGAGACGAUACGUAAAGCAUUUGAAGAUAUGAAAGAACCAAAUCGUUCAACCUUAACAUUUAUUAUUAAACAUUUAACCAAUGUUGCUGCCUUUAGUUCCUCUAAUCGCAUGAAUGCUUCCAAUUUGGCUAUUGUUUGGGGCCCUUGUUUAUUAUCCGCCAGUCAAAUCGACUUCGAUAUUGGACGCAUGAAUACCUUCGCCAAAGUAUUAAUAGAAAAUUAUGAACAUGUCUUUAGCCCAGAUACUAAUGAGCGUUUAGUCUGCUAAUGUGUAAGCAGUGGAUCGCUAAUGUUUCUUCCCAGCAUUAAAAUGCACGCGAUUUUAUUUACGAUAAGAAAAGUGCUUUAAAUGAUGAAAUUUAUAAAAUUAUACCAAAAAUUUAAAUAUCUAGAAAAAAAGACAACUUAUGUAAAAUCUCUCUUAAGCAUAAUUAUACUUGAAUGCAUGUUAUCUGCAUACAAUAUAUGUUAUAAUAAAUAAUAUAGGUUAUGAGCAAUUUUUCUCUUAGAUUUCAUUAACACUGCAUUGCCUUAAUAUUAAUAAAAUAAAAUAAAAAAAAAAAUUCAUAGAAAGUGCGAAAUACCCGAUCUCGCAUGCCUAUCCACUCUCACUCUCAUGUAUAUUUAUUAUAAGUUAUGUUAGUUGUCUUGUUUUUUUUUAAUUCUUUUAUAUAUUCUGUUAAUGUGAUAACUUAGAUAUUUAAGACUGCGAAUAGUUAGUUAUGUAACAUAUAUGUAUUUGCAAAUUUAUACUCAUAUUCGAACAUACUUUGUGGAUAUAAACACAUAUGGAGGUGUACGAUAUAAUUCUUUUACUGCUAUCACAAUACAAUUUAAUUUAAAUCGAUUUUAAACAACAUAGAUGUAUAAACGAACACUCUUUAUAUGCAAAACAAAA